UCUCUUCUCUUCUUUCUUUUCAAAAUGGAGGCUUUGUAUGGGAUACCCUUUCACAUUUUAGAAGUCCCUAACCUCAAGUUGAAGAAGCCAGGAUGGGUAAAACCACCAUCGGCUAUGGUGGUCUUCGCCUUUGUUCUCUUGUCGUAUUUCUUGGUCACUGGAGGUAUCAUCUAUGAUGUGAUUGUGGAACCACCCAGUGUGGGAAGCACAACAGAUGAGUUUGGUCAUAGUAAACCGGUUGCUUUCAUGCCUUACCGUGUAAACGGUCAGUACAUCAUGGAAGGCCUGGCAUCAAGUUUUUUGUUUUCAAUGGGUGGAUUAGGCUUCAUU